AUGCCCAGUGUGGGACACUUUUUUUUAAAUAUACUUCAAGCUAGAGAUCUAAGGUAUAUUGUCGAUAAGAAGAAAAGUAAAGAUCUCCAAAACGUCGUACUUUACAAACAUCAAUCAGGCGAUCAUCCACGAAAAAUAUUCCGUGAUUUGAAUGGUGCUUUAUCCUUAGAUACUAUUCAAAGAUGGAUAAAAAUGAUUGAACAAACCGGCUCCAUCAAUCUAUCAAAACCACCAGGUCGUCAACGUACUGCUCGUACAAAAGCAACAAUAAGAAAAGUCAAACAGCGAGUGGCUAGAGGGUGUUGGAAAGAAAGUUGGCGCGUGAACUCAACAUAUCAAACACAAGUGUCUAUCGAAUCUUGA